GCUCAGUGUUGUUAGACGCCUGCAGCACCCAGAAGUGAACAGCAGGCGACCCGGAAGGUUUGAAGUCCGACUGAGAGCAAGCAGAAAGAAGAGUCUAAUCCUUUAUAAAAUAUUUCUUCCCUCGCUGGUUCAGGAUGGCUGAACCUCGCUUUAACAAUCCCUAUUUUUGGGCUCCACCUCCCACUAUGCCCGGCCAGCUGGAUAACCUAGUCUUGAUCAAUAAAAUCAAGGAGCAGCUGAUGGCAGAGAAGAUCAGACCGCAAAAUCUGCCCGCUGCCUCAGCCCUUUCCCAACAGCCAUUACUGGCUCUCCCCAACCAGGCGGAUGGCGGCCAGCACAGUAUGUCAAAAGCUCAGCAGAUGCCGAUUCUCCACGGCCACAGCCCGUCCCAGCCCGAUAUCGCCCUGCACGCACGCCCCGCCUCCAGCUCAGUGACAGGUCGUAUUCUGGGGGAUGUAAACUUGAACCUGGACGAUAAGGCAGCUAUAAAAGCCAGGGGAUUAUGGGAAGACUGGCACCUCCGUCAACUUAUCGACCAUCCGUCCAGGACGAACCACGUCUCAGGCAUGUCCUUGUCUUCACUUCUGCACCCUUCAGGUGUGGCGCUGGCAUCUAGAACAGGCAACCUCAACACCUCAGAGAUCGUCACACCCACAACACCCACCUCGAGCAGCCACAGCCGGCUAGGCACACCUCACCUCAUCUCAGGCUUAGCCUGUGCCCAUGGAAUGGAUCCUGGGAAAAACAACGGGGGUCUCGUGGGACUCCUCGGUCCUCCUCCAAAGGAGGAACGAGGGCGUAAGAGGAUUAAAGCAGAGAAUGGGUCGUCUCUUUUGGUGGUGCCCUACCCAAUCCUCGCCUCAGGCAACGACCAGUCCUGUGUCACCAUCACUGCCAAACAGGGAAAAACCUACAGGUGUAAAAUUUGUCCGCUGACCUUCUUCUCCAAGUCAGACAUGCAGAUCCACUCUAAAACGCACACAGAGGCGAAGGCUCACAAGUGUCCUCACUGCACUAAGUCCUUUGCGAACGCAUCGUACCUGGCCCAGCACCUGCGCAUACACCUGGGCAUCAAACCUUACCGCUGCUCCUACUGCGAGAAAUGUUUCCGCCAGCUCUCCCAUCUGCAGCAGCACACCAGAAUCCACACAGGUGAUCGGCCGUACAAAUGCGCCCAUCCAGGAUGUGAAAAAGCUUUUACUCAGCUAUCUAAUCUGCAGUCCCACCAGAGGCAGCACAACAAAGACAAGCCCUUCAAAUGUUCCAAUUGUUACCGUGCCUAUUCAGACUCUGCCUCGCUUCAGAUCCACCUGUCUGCACACGCGAUAAAGAACGCUAAGGCCUACUGCUGCAGCAUGUGUGGCAGGGCGUACACGUCGGAGACGUAUCUUAUAAAACACAUGUCGAAACACACAAUGGUGGAACAUGUGGUGUCCCAUCAUUCCCCCCAGCACAGGACAGAUUCUCCCACCAUCCCUAUACGGAUCUCCCUCAUCUGAGCUCCUCACCCGUCUCCUACCCUCCCAUCAGAGACGUUUUCUGUGAUAUCUGAACGCCUCUGAUGGACUUUGAACCCAUGAACGGGUUCCAAAAAUGUGCCAGAUUGUACAAGUAUCUUGUGAAGAGGUGCUCUUUUAAUGAGUAUUUCCUCCUUUCCUUUCUUGCUGACCAGAUAGUAUUAUCGGGGACAUCCAAAGAUGACUUCUCAGCACUUUCAGGCCUGGGAAUGAAAGGCCUAAAAAAUAUCUUUUCUAUGUGACCUCACAGAAAAAGGAAAAAAAAGUAUUGCUCUGGGCAGCUACAGUACAUGGAAUAUCGUUUUAAACCUUUUGUGUUUUAACAAGAUUACAUUGUCUUUUUGUCUUUUUUUAUAUGGUCCAUUACUUUCUUUACUCAAGUCUUUGCAACACAAAAACACUUCCUUUAGCUGAGUGGCCAAGUGAACAUAAAGGUGAAUGCUUAAAUAAUGUGUAUUCAUGUAUAUUGUGCCACUUUUUAUGUCAGUGUUUGCAAUGUUUCACCAACACAUGGCCAUAACGCACACAUAAUAACAUGUUAUGUUGUAACAAUGUUGCUAGAAACACCCUGACCAGGAUGUGUGACUCAUAGUUAGAUCGAUGGAUAUAUAUUAUUUUACAUAUAUUUUGUAAUGUUAGAAAAAAUAUGCUCAAGGCAAAAUAAAUCUGGUCCAUUUUUUAAAAUCCUGUAGGUCUCAUAAGAUCUGUUUAAAAAGUGUUCAAUAUGAAUGGGGAAAGAAAUACAUACAAACCACACAAAAGUGAAUUGAAACUUUAGUGAUGCAAUGACUGUGAGAGCUUCUGCUUUCUGUAGGUACUAAAAGAAAAUAGAAAAUUAGUUUUUUCAACGGUCAAAACCGCCUCAAAAUAUGAUCAUUUAUAUGCAUUUAUCUUGCCAAACUUUAUUGUGUUAAAUUGAAUCAUGCACUCAGUGCUUUUUUGUCCACUUUGGGAUUGCGAAUGAAUACAUGUCGUGGUAAGACAAAAUGUUACACCACUACUCUGCUGUCUGGCAGACGGAUGUAUUACUUUCUUUGGAAAACAUUAUUAAUGAGGUCCCUCUCUUUGGUUUUCUGCUAUAAUGUGUAACUGAAGCAUCACACUUCUUUGAAUACUCAUUUUGCCAUUGUUUUAUGAAUGAAAACAUUGCCAUUUUAUACGCAUUUAAGCCUUAACUUUGUUACAACUCUAGGGUCCACGCUGUUGUUUUAUCACUUUUAAUUUGCCUUUUAUUUCAUAGCAUGAUAUAUACUGUAAAUAAACUAUAUUAACUGUCA